AUGUCUUUCUCUGCUCACCAUACACCAAAGUCUUCUCAAGGGAGUGAAGGGGACAUUUUCUUUGAAGCAACUCCAGAAGUUAGCACCAUAAAUGGUAAUAUGAAUCAAAAAAACCAGUCUGAAGACUCUAAUGUAGACCAAUUUAAUGUAAACAAAAAUGAAUUUAGACAGAGGGAUAGAGUACAUGAUCAUUCAAAGUCUAUCGAUUCUGUAAUUUCUCCAAUGCAAUCAGUUUAUAUGACACCCCAAGACUCUACUUGUAAUUUAUUGAUAAACGCAAUAAAACAGGCUGCAAUGACUAAUCAUAUAGACCCGAGAUUACGGCCAGAUGAUACAACUACUUCACCUACUACAACCCCAUUUUUUACGACUCCUUCAACGCCCUUCGGUCCUGGUAGACAAACCAUGGAUUUUAGCAAUGUUAAUGAAUUUAAUUUUACAUCAAAUACUUCAAAAUCUAUAAUGAAUAGGCAAGUUAGUGCUGCGGCUGUAUCAGCUAAAAUAAGAGAAUUCGAAUCGUUAAUAAAAAAAACUACUUCACAAACAAAUUUAAAACCAAUAAUGGAAACUUCUGAAUCUCCAAAAUAUAGUCCUACUCCAAAAUCUUCUGGAUCUCCAAGAUAUCAUCAUACUGUUGAACCUUCUUCAGGUACAAAUACUUAUGUAGCAGACUCUUAUGAUCAUAUAGAAAUUGAAAAAGAUACUAUAACAUCAUCGGGAACACCAUCAGGUGGUUCACCGAUAGAACAAAUAAAUGUGAAUAAUCAUUUUCCAGGAAAAUCUGCUGAUGAUAGAUGGUUCACAUCAUCAGAAAUUACUGAAGAUGAUCGUAUAAAUAAAGACAAUCAUAUAAGUUUAACUUUGAAUACAAAUUCUUAUAAUAAAAGAGAUUUAUCAAGAGAUGUAAUCAUGGAAGAAACAACAGAUAAUGGAAGGGAAAUAAAUAGAGAAGAAAAUUAUAGAAGAAUAUCAAAAGUAUCUUAUGUAACAAGAGGUGAUACAACUUCUAAAAGUGAUAGCACUACUGAAGUCGGUGGAAUAGAUUCACCGAUUUCUUCAAAAAGAGUUUCUGAAAAAGAUGUCUUUUCCCCUAUUUCAUCAAAAACAUCUUCAAAAAGAAUAUCUAAAGAAUCAACCGUACUAUAUCUUAAUAUCCGUGAUAAAUUUCUAUUAUUAACCGGGUUAUCGUUGGCAUUCUUUUUAGUAAUCUUUGACAUAACUAUGGUAGCAAAUCAAAUUCCUAAAAUCAUUACCGAUUUUAAGGCAGGUGAAUAUAUACCGUGGAUAAUUACUUCUUAUAACAUAGCAAGUGUGAUAUUACAACCUAUAUGCGAUAAAUAUUCAAAUAUUUUUGGAAGAAAAUUAUUAUCACUCGUUGCAAUAUUCAUUUUUGGUUCUGGUUCGGUAUUAAGUGGAGCCGCACAAAAUAUUCAAUGGUUAAUCUGUGCAAGAGCUCUAGUGGGAUUAGGAAGUGGAAUUAUCAUACCAAUGACAUUUACCAUUAUAUCGGAUGUCGUUCCUGCUCUUCAACGUAAUCCUUUCAAUAAUUCUAUCAACUUUGCUUUCGCUUUUGGAUUGAUUUUAGGCCCAGUUAUUGGUGGUCUAUUCGCUGACUAUUUAUCUUGGAGGUGGUCAUUUUAUGUAAAUGGUGCAUUGUCAAUUAUUCCCAUAAUAUCAAUAUGGUUUGUUACAAUACUUUAUGCUCCAAUGGAUCCAGUAUUCGCCAAGUUAAAAUUUGUAGAUUGGCUAGGAUUUAUCCUGCUGGCGUCGGGAUUUUUAUUUCUUCUUUUACCGAUAAAUUAUGGAGGUGUCCAAUUAGAUUGGUUGAGCCCUCCUAUUUUCAUAAUGCUUGCGAUAGGGUUUAUUUUACUGAUAGUCUUUAUCAUCGUCGAGGUAAAACAUGCUGAAGAGCCACUUUUACCUAAACACUUAUUUAUUAAUUCUUGUCAUCGAGCCGUAUUUGGUGCUUUCUUUUCCUUGGGGUGGAUUCAAGCCGUUAUCAUCUACUACUCUCCUGUAUACUUUCAGUACGUACAGGGUUUGACUCCAACAUCAUCCGCUAUAGCUCUUUUACCAUUAGUGGCUAGCAUUGUAGUAUUUUUAGGAUUAAGUGAUUCACUCGUAAAUUUUGCUGGCUAUUAUCGGUGGAUUAUAUUCUGUGGCUCAUUGGUUACAAUAGCGGGAAGUGCUUUGUUAUCAACUUUUAAUUUGUAUACGGGAGAUGUAUUUAGAAUUAUAUCUCUUGUAGUAAUUGGAAUCGGAAUUGGAUCACUUUCAAGGAUCUUAUUUAGACCUGCACAAAUGGCUGUGAAAGAUCGUGAAAAAAAUGCCGUAAACGAAUUAUGUAAUUUUUUCAGAGCAAGUGGAUGGGUCUUUGGUGUAUCAAUUUCUGGAGCUAUCUUUAAUAACAAAAUAAUAUAUGAUUUUUCCAAUAUUCCAAAUUUUCCGAUAAAAUCAUCAUUAAAUGAUGCCCUUUUACUGACAAACAUAGGAAAACUUUCAUCCAAUGAUCAAAAUCUUAUAUUAUCUUCAAUCAGUGAUGCAAUCACUAUUAAUUUCAGAAUUUGUAUUUUCAUGGCUGUUAUUGGAUUAGUAUUUUCCUUAUUUAUAAAACAUUAUAAAAUGAGAGGUGUUAAACAAAAUGAGCAAGAUGAAUCAGGUGCUAAUAAUGUUGAAAUACUAAAUGAAAAGGUAUGA